GUAAAACUGGUUUAUAAAUUUCAACCAAUGAGCGAAUUCCUUACAAACGAAAUAUCGUCUGUUUAUGGUAUACUUUGUCUGCUGUAUGAAUCACAUAAACGGUUGUUUUAAAUACAAAAUUGCGUUAAGGCCGAGUAUCAAGCGUCCGUGGGUGUAAACUAUUAACAGGGAUUGUCAAACAUUUACAUAUGUGAGACCAGCCUCUGAGCUCGGAGACUGCAAUGACGACUGAAGAAGACAGAAAGCUUGCAGAGAAACUGAAACAGUUCGAAAUGAAAGACGAAAGUGCAAACACCGAGCGACAUUUGGUUCCGUUCGAGCCCGCCGACCAGCGAAAGCGGAACCUGGUUCUAGACGAGGAGAGAUUCGAAGACACGUUCCUAAAGUGUUUAAUCUGUCGGGAGAAUUACGACGACGACGAGAAGGUUCCCAAGAUGCUCCCGUGCCACCACACCUUUUGCUUAGACUGCCUCAACCAGAUGUUUCGGGUCGAAGGGGAGUUUCGACAGACGCUGACGUCCGCCUUUCGCGCUAUGCCCGUAGCCGUCAAAAUCAGCUGCCCCACCUGUCGAGAAGGCAUCAUCGCAUCAGCUCUGGAGAUUAAGAAAUUACCAAAUGAUCACACGGUGCUGGAACUUGUGGCAUUCAUUAAGCAAAUCGGCAAAGCCAAAGUUGCGUAUUGUUCCAAGCAUCAACUUCAGCCGCUGAACUUUUUCUGCGAGCCGUGUAUGCAGCCGGUGUGCUGUGAUUGUACGGUUCUAGACCACAAGGAAUCCACGGGCCAUGAAGUGAUUAAUGUUGACGAAGCAAUGAAAAAAUAUUCACCCGCUAUAGAUAAGACACUUGGCGAAAUUGACAGUGAAAAGAAAUCGCUCGAAGAAAAACGCCACGCGCUCGAGAAAGCUUUUGACAAUGUUGAGCAAAUACAGCGCGAGCUUGCCGUUCAAAUUCGACAGACCUUUGAUAGAAUUCGGGACUCAGUGGACGAACGCGAACGGGAGCUUUUCGAUUUAUCCGAAAGAGAAAUAGACCGAAAGAGAACAAUGUUGCGGGACUGCAUGAAACUGGUGACGACACGAGAGAACGAACUGAAGCAACAGUCGGCAAAGCUAACGCAGACGAAAGACCACAAGGACUUAGUGAACAUGUUCGACUUCAAUAAGGCGGCCCGGGAUUGCCUUCAAUCCAAACCGGAUAUACCGGUCUCCAAGUCUUCCGAAGACUUCGCCGUGAGCUUUCAGUUUAACAGCCGCCAAGAGAACGGGAUUAGAUCAACUAUAGCAAAUUUUGGCGAUGUCACUUUUAAGUUCGAUUAAUGAACUUAGUUGUUUAGCGUUUUCAAUAUGGUAAAACACUAUGUGUUCAUGCAUUCAGCAGUAAUUGGCUGUAUAGGAGCAUUGAGAUUAUAAUUUUGUAUUUUGCUACACUAAGCUGUAAUAUGUAUACAAUGCACUUGCAUGGCUUCCGUUGUUUAAAGGCUCUAUAAAGGUGACAAAUCCAAUUAUUAUGCAUAUAAAGUAGUCUAAUUUUUACCGGAUUUCAGUUAUUCUUGCAUAAAAAAAUGCUAAUUACACAGCUAAGGUGCAACAUUAUCAAGAAUUAUGGAAGAAAUACCGUUUCAUAAUUGGAAGAAAUGUUUACAACUUUGCAACUAACGUGGUGUGUAGCCUCAAAGCGGUGACGUAUGCUAAAAUAGAAACCUCAAUUUUAAUUAUAUUUUAAACAACUUUUUACCAGCAGAAAGUAACUGAUUAGAUCACUACAAACGUUUUAACCAUUUAGAAGAGACCUACUUUGUGAAUAAUACCGGAAAACGUUGAAAAUCAACGAUAUAUUUUUGGUGACCUGAGUCACUUUCACUUUCACUUUCCCGAGUAAACAGCGGUGUAAAUAAACUGAUUGUAAACACAAUUGACUUGGAGGACACUGUAUUUUGAGCUCAAAACAAGUUAUAUUGCUCAUUUUUUAUGGUGAUGCCCAAAUAGCAUAUAUAUAUUGUUUUUUUAAUAACCUUUAUAAAUAAAAUAUAAAAAAAAUAUUUAAAAAUCGGUUAAUAAUUACGGAUCGUCACCUUUAUAGGGCCUUUAAUCAUUCGUUAAUGUAUUGCGUAUGACUGUUAUAUUAUACCAAAUUAUGUUGCAUGUCACGAAAUAUUACGUUAUAUUAAAUAAUACCAUUUACACACCAAAUCCUUC